AUGCAUAAAAGUAGUCAAGAACUUAGUACCCCACAGAUUGUUGGUAGCUUCAAGGUCUACAACGUCAGUGGAUCAGCUUUCGAGGUACCACUCAAGUACACUGUCCUAAAAAUUUUAGGUAUGGGGGCUUAUGGCAUCGCCUGCAGUUGUCUGGAUAAUGAGACCGGACAAAAAGUAGCAAUCAAAAAAUGUCGAGAUAUAUUUCGAGAUAUUGAAGAUGGCAAGCGUGUUUUACGUGAGGUGGCCAUGAUGCGCUUUUUUAAUCACGAAAAUUUGUUGAAUGUGAUUGACAUCUUGCCACCGCUGAAGGGGAGCUUCAGCGAAUUCAAAGAUAUUUACGUUGUAACGCCACUUAUGGAUGUUGACCUCAACGUAGUGUUGCGGUCUCGUCAAACUUUAGAGGAGUCUCACAUGCAGUAUUUUGUAUAUCAAACAUUACGAGGCCUAAAGUAUUUACACAGCGCCAACGUGGCGCACCGGGACCUGAAGCCAGCGAACCUUGUCACGAAUAUAUCCUGUGAACUGAGGCUUAUAGACUUUGGCCUAAGCCGUAGCAUCGACGUGCCACUCGCCGAUCUCACGGAUUACGUUAUCACUCGCUGGUAUCGGCCGCCGGAACUGCUGUUAGAGAACACUAAUUAUACAACCGCCGUGGAUAUCUGGUCUGUUGGGUGUAUUUUUGCAGAGAUGUACAAUCGCAGGCCUGUUUUCCCGGGGCGUAAUACUAUGGAUCAGCUGCGACUGAUUGCGCAGCACGUGGGCAAGCCACCAGCCAGCAUAGUGGAGCACAAGGACGCCCUUGAGAAGCUUAACGGGCUUCCAGAGGGUUGCUUAAACAUUCCAAAACUCGUUCCGGGGCUCGCCAGCAGCAAGGAUGGGAUGGAUUUCCUAGCCAAACUGUGGACACUUGACCCGCUUAAACGCCCGAGUGCAGCGGAAAUGCUGGCGCACCCGUUUCUUGCUCAUCUACACGACGAAGACGAUGAACCAAGUUGUCCACAGCCAUUUCAGUGGCCAUACGAGGGAAUGUCGAUGAGCGUACUUGAUUUACGCAGGGCAUUCUGGAAGGAGAUCACGGAUUUCAACCCGUAUUUGUUAUCUAGUUGUGAAGGGGUAGCAAACACGGCAGGUGGUCUACUUCAUCAUCACGGUUACAAAGAGUGCUGA